AUGGGAUCAACGCUUUCUUGCAUCCAUGGCAAUAGUGUCUCCAGUCAGUCGCAGCAGCCGGCACCACCGGAGCCGGCCAGGGUGAUCGCCCCCGACGGCACGCUGAAGGAGCUCCCGGCCUCUGACCCCCUCGCGUCCGUCUCCGACGUUCUCGGCUGCGGCGCCUCGUUCUUCAUGUGCAACUCCGACGCGCUCUACUUCAACGAGCCGCCCCCGGCGCUGGCUGCCGCUGAGCGGCUACGGCCGGGGCAGAUGUACUUCGUGCUCCCUGCGGAGAUCCUCGGGCACCCGCUGUCGACUGCCGACAUGGCCGCGCUGGCGGUGCGCGCGACCUCCGCGCUCGGGCCCGGCGACAAGCCGCCGCAGCGCCGCCGCCGGCGGCGCGUCGUGCCGGUCACGCGACUGGAAAGCAAGGACCACGACGAGGGCGAGCAGAGUGUGUUCUACGAAACGCUGAACGAGCUCACGCUCGGGGGCUCCGCCGUGUUCACGUUCACGGCCCCCGCGAGGAGCGCCGAGAAAGUCGCGGCGGUGGCCUCGAGAGAGACCAAGAGGUCGUCAGCGUUCACGAGGAUGCUGAGCAUGAUUCGGGAGGACGCUGAGUGA